CUACUUAAUGCCUCCACCUACUAUUGUCCCCUUCGGGGUGACAUACGAAAAAUUGGAACGAUACAGAGAAGAUUAGCAUGGCCCCUGCACAAGGAUGACACGCUUUCCCGGAGUGGUAGACCUACGGGUCUCAAUAUUUAUUGCUCUUUUUUCUUGAAAACAGGAGAAUGCAAACCUCAUGUAUUGGAAUUGAUUUGAUCGUGCUUUCUGAGAUCUAAGUUUGUAAUUGAUCAUGAAAAUCCAGUUACCUCAACGAACUGCAGUAUUUUUGAUUGCCUUUGUUUAUCAUCAUCUUAUUCUUCAAAAGCACCACGAUGGAUUCAGUUGUUCUCGAAACCAGUCUCGGAGACGUUCAGCUGGAAUUAUACUGGAACCACGCCCCUCGGACGUGUCAGAACUUUGCCGAGCUUGCAAAACGCGGCUACUACAAUGGCGUCGUGUUUCAUCGAAUUAUCGCCGAUUUUAUGAUUCAAGGUGGUGAUCCAACUGGAACUGGUCGAGGUGGAACGAGCAUUUACGGUCAGAAAUUCGAGGAUGAAAUAAAUCCAGAACUACGUUUUACGGGUGCAGGAAUCCUCGCAAUGGCGAACUCGGGGCCCAAUACAAACGGUUAGACUGCUGCUUUUUAUGUUAUCCGCUGCUUAGGAUAUAAUGGCCCGCUUCUAGGAUCUCAGUUCUUCAUUUCGUUGGCGCCCACGCCUUACCUGGACGGCAAACACACCAUUUUCGGCCGGGUGAGCUCAGGCAUGCGUGUUGUGCAGAGAUUAGGUGCUGUUGCAGUCGACGCU